AUGGUUGCCGCUUCGAAGAUUCUCCCAGUUUUGUCUUUGGGACUAAUCGGGCUUUCCCAAGCUGCAGAAUGGCACGUUCCAAUUGCUGCAGAAGAGAACCAUAUUGGUAUGGUUCCUAUUCGUCAGGAACAUAUUAUCAAAGGCUUAAAGAGAAGAUCCGAUGAUCUAUCUCGGCUUAAGCCCCAGGAUGAAGUCAAGAUGUUCUACGGGAGAGCAUUGUCGGAGGCACAUCUUAGAAUCGCUGACAUGACAAUUACCAAACCGGAUGCGAACCAUCCGCUCAUCUUGUUGGAGAACUUUGAUGACCUUACCGAAAGCAUAACUUGCACCGAUCAGGACUCCAAGAUUGCACUAAAAUUCAAGAGCAAGAACGCUAUGGACACUGCUAUCAAGUCCUGGGAUUGGAUCAACCAAAGCGAUAAUGAUUACUUCUUUCUCUUCACUCAUCAUCAUCACACGGGUUGCGGCCCUGAUGAGGAAAGAACUUCCUACAAAAUUACUGCCGUCACCUACGAUAAAACUACUUUUACAACAGUUCUCACAAAGGAGAAGGCAACAUGGAAUGAAACCCUUCAGAACUUUGAAAUCAAGAUCAGGACUGUUGAGCACCCUCGGCCGAGCUUCGCUAGGAGAGACCUUAAAAGUGUCCUCCGCACCGGUAUCUGCGCAUUUUCUGGACCUUUCGAGGACUUGUUCAAAUUUCAAUGCGAGGAAGAAGUUGGAAAGGGUAUUAACUCAGUUGUAGAUACGGUGGAGGAAGGGUUCGACAAAGCGGUCGAUACUGUUGGUGAAGGGUUUGAUAAGGCUGUUGAUUUGGUUGGCGAGGGAAUUGAUGUUGUUGGUGAAGGACUUGACAAGGCUGCUGAUUUGGUUGGAGAAGGUAUCGAUACAGUCGUUGAUGUGGCAAGCACUGUUGGAGGAUACGUCGAAGAAGGCCUGAAGCCGGUUGUGGAUGUUGUCAGCAGUGGCCUCAAUACCCUCCUCGAGAAGUUUGUCGACGGAAAUUAUAAGGUUUCUUUUGGAAAGAAAGACCCCAAGCACAAAAUUCCACUCACAGGUGUUGCAUUCAAGGGAGAAGUCGACGUUGACAUGGGGGCGAAUUGUGUCGGCUGCUAUCUCGAGGGUGGGUUUGGCUUCAAAGCCACGAUCUCUCGAGUGAAUGGAGCAACCCUGCCGAGUGCCAUCUUUGAUAUCUCGCCACAGAUCGAGGGAAACUUCGGUCUUGAACUUAUUGGCGUGGUUUCCAAGGAACACGACUACAACGUCGGCGCGGCGAUCGGGGACGAUAUCUUGAAGACCAUGGGUAUUUCCCCAUUUCUCAAGAUCGCACCCGAGGCUAUUGCAGGCCCCGGAGUUGUGCUCAAGGGCGAAGCCACCAUUUCUACAACUAUGGGUGCUCGCUUCAGUUCUAAAGGCGCUCGGAUACGACUUGUCGCUGGCACAGACCCCAGUAUCUCAGUCCCAUCUUGGCCCAAGGAUCAGUUCAAACCAAACUUCGAGUUCGCCGGCCCCGAGUUCCAGGGCGAGAUCAAUCCAUACAUUCGCUGGGGUUUCGGUUUCGGUCUGGAAAUUGCGGAUACUGGCAAGUUUGGUGUAUGGGGAGGUAUCGACACCAGUGUCAAUAACGUCUGGGCUUACAACACUUGUGAGGGAGCCAAAGAAAAGACCUUCCACUAUCAAUCCACUUUCAACGUUGCCGCAAAGGUCAACGUUGUCGCGGAGAUUGAGACAUCUAUCGGCAAUAGCGAAAGGCUAAGGGACAAGGCAAAGAAGGGAGCCAAGGACGGGUUUAUCAACGGUGCCAUCGACACAGUCGUCAGAAAGGUUCUAGGGGACUUGGCCGAUGGUAUUUCUAUUACAAACGCUACUAUUUACGAUGGCUGCGAGGCUCCAGCCAAGCCCGCCAGUGCAAAGGGAGUGCAAGUCCUCAGCACUCCUAAGCUACCUAAAGCUGCUGCGCCAAAGUAUAUGUCUGGAUACUCUCGCCCAAUCUACGGCGAACUACUUUAA